CUUCCUAUAAAUACGUGAAAGUUAAUUCACUAUAGCGGCAUUCCAAUGGCUGAAACUACUACCACAUCGUUCAAAAGAAGCAACUCAAGUGUUGAGCUUGAGAAUGAGGCUUGCGAUGAAGAAUAUGAAAAACUCAGCCAAGAAUUCAAGCAACUUCUUCUUUCUCUUCCCAAAACAAAGGGUUUCGGCCAUCGAAACAUCUACCUUUUCCAAGACAUUUGGUAUAUACCAACUCGAAUCCAAGCCAUAAGCUCUUUUCAAAAGAACUUCCAAGCAAAAGACAGUGAUAUUAUUUUAUCCUCCUUGCCAAAAUCUGGCACUACUUGGUUGAAAGCCCUUACUUUUGCCGUUGUCAAUCGUAAGCGUUUCUCUCCUUCACAAAACAACCAUCCAUUACUCUUUUCCAAUCCACAUGAGCUCGUUCCUUUCUUCGAGUACAAUCAUUAUGUAAACAACCAAAUUCCUGAUCUUUCCAUAUUGCCUGAACCGAGAAUUUUCAGCACACAUGUUCCUUUUCAUUCAUUGCCUGACACAAUUACCGAAUCCAAAUGCAAGAUCAUCUAUAUAUGUCGUAACCCAUUCGACAAUUUCAUAUCGCUUUUUUUAUUUGUAAACAAACUUGUACCACCAUCUUUACCCAAAUUAUCAUGUGAGGAAGCAUUGGAGAGGUACUCAAGUGGGAUCAACGAGUGUGGUCCAUUUUGGACACACAUGUUGGGUUAUUGGAGAGAAAGCAGAGAGAGACCAAACAAGAUAUUGUUUUUAAGGUAUGAGGAUUUGAAAGGGGAUAUAAACUUCUACUUGAGAAGAUUGGCUGAGUUCAUGGAUUGUCCAUUCAAUUUUGAGGAGGAAAGUGAAGGUGUUAUUGAAAAUAUAAUUGAGCUGUGUAGCUUUGAGAAGAUGAAGGAAUUGGAAGUGAACAAGACUGGGAAGUUUGUAAACAAGUUUGACAAGAAGGAUUUCUUUAGAAAAGGUGAAGUAGGUGAUUGGCUUAAUCAUUUCUCGCCAUGGAUGAUAGAGAAGCUGUCCAAAGUGAUUGAAGAGAAGUUGGGUGAUUCUGGGCUGUCCUUUCAAAAUAAGAUAUCUUAACACACAAAGCAUAAUGGACACACCACUGCUGUCUGCAGAGAAACGGAGCUCGUAAAGAUUGAAGAUGUGGAUCUUGAUUUGGUAAAUUGUCUAAGUCUACUCAACUAGUUUUAUAGCUAUUGGAUUUAAUCAAUAUUUAAAAAAUUAUCAGAAUACAUUUUCCACCAAAAAUUUAAAAUAGUUCUUACAAUCAAAGCGCUCCUCACAUAUGAAGUCCUCUCCAAAAAUUUGAGAUUUCAUACUUUUCAUAAAUAUUAUAUGAUAAAAUCUCUUAUAGUCAUUCAAUUAAAUCAAAAGGUUAUAAUCA